AUUUGAAUUGUCAAACUGCCAACCUUUCUGAUCGACAAGCUCAGCGGAUUACUGUGCAUGUGGGUCAACUUAAGAUGCUAUAAUUGAUAUAUUUUCUUGCUGUCAGGAUCAGGUCAUCCACUGAAGGCUGGAGCAAGGGUGGGAGGGGGCAGGUGAGUAGGGAAGGGAGUUCAAUCAUUUGUCAGAAACUUGGUUUCUGGUUACAACCUCUGGAGAUCAUGGAACUACAUUAGCAAUAAUAGUUACACCACAAUCUUUUAAGCAGUAGAUUGGCACCUCUUUCAAGUGACCUGUUAGACUUGUAUGUACAUCAAUAAAUGAGUAAACAAACAGGUUGCAGAGAAUCAUUAGGAAGUGGCUGCUUGUGCAAGAUCUCAGUUCUAUUUGGCGCAGGUGAUUGUCAGCACCCGGAGGGAAGAUUGAGACAACACACAUGUGCUGCCAGCAUGCACAGGGCUUAGGGGGCAAGCAGUUCUUGCCGCUGGAUUACUGUGCAUGUGGGACCCAUGAAUGGGGACUUCUAUUGACAGCUGAUGCUUUGUAGAUCACACUUUUAGAAUUCUGGGUAAUGAACAGGUUUAUUUUAAAUGGUAGGACAUUAUAGGAUGAUUGUAUGAUAAUAAUAAAGAAACAGCUGAUUUAUGACUAACAGUGCUUAACUGACCUUGGCUGAAUUUUCAAAUAAAAGGCUAAGUAGAGUAAGAACUGGUUAGUAUUUAUUUAUUUAUCUUGUGCCUUUGAGUCAAUGUUGACUCAUGGCAAAACCUUAGAUAAAUCUAUUUAGUUUUCUUAGCAAUAUUUCAGAAAUGGCCUGCUAUUGCCUCUCCCCUAAGGCUGAGAAGAAAGUGACUGGCCCAAAGUCACCCAGUUGACUUUGUGUUUAAGGUGGGACUAGAACUCAUAACCUCCCAGUUCUGGCCUGGUUCUUCAUCCACUGCAAUAAACUAAUUUGACUCUCAGUUAGUACUUGGUCACAAGGAAAUCCCAAAUCUAUAGGCUCGAUUUGGGAAAUUAAAAAGAUAACCCAAAGGAAAACAACUUCCACAUUGUUUCCAGGUAAAUUUCAUUCAUGUAGUCAACAAGAGUCAAAAGAUUCAUUGCAGCCCCUUCCCAAUGAAAUCUAAUCAAGUUUAUUCUUUGCCCAUGCCUUAAAAAUGUCAAAUGAUUAUUUUAUUUAAUGCUUCAGAAGAGGGGGGGAAAGUUAUGUUUCAUUUUGAUUGGUGCUAGGAUCUCAGAAAUUAUCAAUAGCACAAACUGAUAAUUUGUAUUAUUUUAAAAAACCCAUGCACUAAAUUAAAGCCAAUUUUACAUGUAAAAAUGUUCUUAAAAUGGGUUACAUAUAACUGAAUGUAAAAGAUAGCCAUUAAAUCAAAUGGAAUAUGCCUUCCCAAGGGAAUGUUUCAUAUUCCACAAUUCCUUUAAGCAAAUGAAGCCCCAUUUCUCCUUCAAAAGAAACAAACUGUAUUUGUGAAUUUUACUUUCCCAUAAAUGUAAAUCCUGACACACAUACCUAUUGGCUAAUAUGACAUGCUAAACCUAAGUUAAUAAACACUAGAGCGGUGUAGUGUAGUGAUUAAGGCACCAGGCUGGAAACCAAGAAAAUGUGAGUUCUACUUCCACUUUAGGCAUGAAAGUCAGCCUGGCUGAUCAUUCUCUCACAGUCCAACCCACCUCACAGGGUUGUUGUUGUGGAGAAAAUGAGAGGCGGAAAAUGAAUUAAGUAUGUUUGCUGCCAUGAAUUAUUCAUAAAAAAUAAUAGUGGAAUUAAAAACAUUUUUUAAAAAACAUUACUGUGUCAUUUUGAACCUCGAGUCUUAGGACAAAUUACCCAAGGUUGAUCUCCGACAGAUCAAGCACAGUCAAAAGAAGGGAAAAAAGGAAGUUGGAGGUGUAGAAAAUCUUUUUGGGACGACCCAAGAUCCAAGGACACAGAGGAAAUAGCAAAGGAAGCCCUUCUGCUAUCCUUCCCUGGUACUUCCCCCGCCCCCUCUAACCCUUAACUUCCAGACCAUGCCUAGUACUCAAAGUGCCUAGUACUCAUCUGAAAAGUAAAUAGAGGAAAAAUAAGACUUCCUUUAACUACUGAUCCGGACCUGUAGUACAGGCCUGCCGAUCGGGGACUAGCAGUAAACAGGCGGCGUGCUUCUGACAUAGGUCGUUGAAGUCACUUCUACUGCAGCUCCACUUUUUUUGCUUCAGUCCAGCACGUUUUCCAAAGGUUGCCAAUUAUUUUCCGUCGGAAUGCCGGGACCAACUGGUGAAUGGUCCCCUCGUAACUGAUCUCAAAGGGUUUUUUGCACCAAGAGGUUGAAGAAACCCGGGCUUCCCUUCCCAGCGUGUCCAAAAGAAAUUGAAAGCUUGCUUAUGCUAGCUAGAGGAGGGGAAGGGAAGGGAGGGGUGGGGAACCCGGCGCUUCCCGAGGCGCGCUGCUGCUUGCUUGCCUGCCUGCCCGGGACUUCCCUGUUGUACAUGAGACACCCACCCACGCAAAGAUGGCUGCGAAAGGCUCGCAUUUUCACCUGAAAAUGGAAGAGGCGAUCGAGAGGUACAGGACGGAUUGCCAGUGGGAGAUGCAGCUCGCCAUGGUGGCGCAGAUGAGGGCGCGGACGUCCAGCCCUCGGCACAAGGGGGCUAAAGGAGCCGGAGCCGCACCGCAGAAAUCUGAGGACUAUGAGAAUCUACUAGCUGCGGAGGCACUGCUGGAGCUGUGCUUAAGAAACCUUGCCAAAAUCAAAGAAAUCAUGCCAUUAAUGGAAAAAAACGAGCCCAAACUGAGUGACGCCAAAAAGUUUUUGACUGACAUUCUAAAUCGAGGAAAAUUACUGCCAAAAGAUAUGACAGAAGCAAUGUUGCUCCGCAAGCUUCAUUAUAUUGAAGGUUGUUUACCGAAGACUUUGAGCCUGUAUGCAAGAGGUGGCCUCGAAGACCUUGUAUAGAGAAAGAAACCUUUAUACAAGCUGCGUCUGCUAACCGAAGCUUUUGUUAUUAAAGGCUUGGCACUGGAGCGCUCACCCAAUUCCACUGCUUCCCAAGUCCGGCUGUCAGAAAGAGAAGAGGAAGUCAUGGCUUGCUUUGAAAGGGCCUGUGUAAUCGCUCAGAUUUUCCUGCAAGAAAUGGAGAAGAGCUUUAAUAAUACACAUACAAGAAACAUAAAAGGCAGUCAGAUGUCUUCCUUGGAUUUUGAACUUCCUUACUUUCUGGAAGCAGCUCUGCAGAGUGCAUAUGUGGCUCAUUUAAAGAAAGGCAAUAUUAUUCAAGGAAUAAGGAAUCUAAGAGAAAUGUUAAGGACCAUGGAAACAAAGGCUACUCUGAGCUUCAGAAUGACAGCUAACAAAAAACUGGCAGAGCUGCUCCUCCACUCCCUAAGUGAAGAUUGUUACUGGAGUCCCUUAUCUGACCCACUUCCUGAGUUAAUGAAGAAAGAGGACAACGCUUAUAUUUGUACCACCUUACGUCGAAAACUACAGCAACACGCUGGAGAUAACAUCUAUACCCCCCAUGACAACGUUGAAGAAGCUCUCCUUCUCCUCCUGAUCAGCGAAUCCAUGGCAAGCCAGGAUGCAGUAAUCAGCCGGGCUCCUGAUCAGAAAGAUGACCGAGCCAUCAGUCUUCAGAGUACAUCAGCAGUUUAUGAUCUUCUGAGUAUCACUCUGGGCAGAAGAGGACAGUAUGUCAUGCUUUCUGAGUGUUUAGAACGAGCAAUGAAGCUUGCAUUUGGUGAAUUUCAUCUCUGGUACCAGUUGGCUCUGGCCAUGACAGCUUGUGGCAAGUCUGCUCAUGCUGUCUCAGUGCUCAGAGAAUGUGCAAAGCUACGUCCUGCGGAUCCCACCGUCCCUCUCCUUGCCGCCAAGGUCUGCAUUGGACCUCUGCACUGGCUGGAGGAAGGAGAACGUUUCGCCAAGAUGGUUGUUGACAUGGGAGAAGACGCUGGAGAAUUCCUAGCAAAGGGUUUUUUAGCAUUAGGCCUGACAUACAGCCUUCAAGCAACUGAUGCUACCUUGAAAAGCACACAAGAUGACUUGCAUCAGAGAGCACUUCAGAAUUUAGAAAGAGCUCAUCACUUGGCACCUGAAGACCACCAAAUUAUCCUCUAUACCUCAUUGCAGCUGGCUCUUAUCAGACAGAUUUGUGAUGCAAUAGAGCUUCUCCAAGAAGCACUGAAACUGUGUAAGGAUGAUAUGAAUUCUCUUCAUUUGUUGGCCCUCCUUUUUUCAUCACAAAAAGACUACCAACAUGCUUUGGAUGUAAUGGAUGUGGCCCUUGCAGAGUAUCCUGACUGCUUUCAUUUACUCUUCACAAAAAUAAAACUGGAAUUAAUACAUAAAGGACCAGAAGAGGCUUUAGUGACCUGUAGACAUAUGUUGCAUCAGUGGCAGAUGUUGUAUAAUGUUUCGCAGCAAAGUGAUUCAGAAAAAGCAAACAGUUUGACUGAGACAUUACCAGCCAAAAAGAAUAAUAAUGUGUAUCUUACUCUACCUGAUGCCCAUGAUAACGAUUCUGGCUCCCAGCGAGCAUCUUCCAUUGCAGCAUCACGACUGGAACAGGCCAUGUCAGAGAUAACUAUGCAGAGUUCUGCCUCAAAGCAAGGGCCUAUUCAGCUGUGGACAACUCUUGAACAGAUCUGGUUGCAGGCUGCUGAAGUCUUCAUGGAACAACAGCAUCUCAAAGAAGCAAGCUUUUGUAUCCAGGAGGCAGCUAGUCUCUUUCCCACAUCUCAUGCUGUGCUGUACAUGCGGGGGAGGCUCACAGAGAUGAACGGCAGCUUGGAAGAGGCUAAGCAGUUGUAUGAUGAAGCAUUAACUGUGAAUCCAAGUGGAGUGGAAAUCAUGAACUGUUUGGGACUGGUACUCAACAAGCUUGGGCGAAGAGAUUUGGCUCAGAAGGUUCUUCAGGAUGCAGUCCAGAUACAGAGUACCAGCCACAAAGCCUGGAACAGCCUUGGAGAAGUCCUUCAUGCUCAGGGCAAAAAUGAAGCUGCCGUUGAGUGCUUUCUGACUGCUUUGGACCUUGAAUCCAGCAGCCCUAUAAUUCCAUUUACAGUUAUUCCAAGGGAAUUGUGAAUGUUUAGUAUUAACUCAUCAAAUGUGUUAUGUGGAGAGGUUUAGAUGAUAAGCAGUCAGUUUACAGGUGUGUGUGUGUGUGUGUGAGUGUGUUUGUGUGAAUAAGAAAAGCUUUAUUCAUGGUAAUGAUUCUGUUUCAAGAAUAUCACAUUUUAAGCUGAUUCAGUACCAGAUUCUAGUUUAGUUCAUACGUAGCAUUAAGCUAUAACAUAUCUGUUCAGUUGGGUUAUUUUGUUUUGCUCUGAAGACUAUUUUUGAUCUCCCAUUUGAGAUGUCAGUUAGUCAGACUUCCAAGAGGAGGUCUCACUGCAUUUUUUAAAGACUUAUAGAUUUUUGGAAAUAUAUGAUUUAAAAAGGGUGAGAAUGUCAGGUGGACACAUUCUUCAUUCCUUGCCUUAAAUUACUGUGGCAUUGGAUAUAAAAAUAAAAUAAAAUUGGAGAAAACAAUAGGCAUUUCCAGAAUACUGAUAGAAGAGAAUAUUUGUAGCUCAGGGUUGAACUGUGGGGUCCCAGAUGCUCUGGUAGCUUUGUUGUUUCCUUGACCUGUCAGGGCAAACCCCUUGAAUAUAAAAUGGGAACAAACUCCACUCCCUACUAACACUGAUGUGACCUACUUUAGUAAUGAAACAUCUGCAAGAAAACAACCAAGUUCAGAGAGCACUAGGUACCCCGUAUUUCCAGAAUAUUUUAUUAAGAAAAAAUUAGGGCAGCUCAGCUUUAAAAUUUCAACAAGGAUUUUGUUCUAGAUCAUCAGAAGUUUUGGGACAUUAAGCUACAGCUUGAGAUACUGACAGGGACACAUCCCUUACAAUAUCUUCUUUAAGAGUGUUCCACAAAUGCUCCAUAGUUGGGGAUCAUUAGAGCUAAAGAUAAAUCAUUAAAAAGUCACCAAAAUUGCUUGUACAAAUCAUGAACCGUGAUGGGAGAUGUUGGGAUGCACAAGGGACAAAAUUACUACAAAAUUUGGGACCUAUAGGUUUGGGACCUAUUGCAGAAUAUUACAAUGGUCCGUGAGUCUAAUUUGUCAAAUGUUAGGCUAAAUCAGUUUUGUUUGUGCUCAGGGAUGUAUAAAAUAAAAGUAUAGGCAUCUGUGAAAGCACAGUAACUAGAUGUAACUGUAGCUUCUUGGUUCUUCAUAUCAUUUUAUCCUUUUGUUCCUUUAGUAGUACAUGGCACAAAUAACAGCAUGUUAUUCCAUAUAACUGACCUCUUGCCUCUUAAAAUUUUAUUUCCAGUUUAGAGGAGAUAGUCUAGACCAGUGUUUGUCAACCUUGGCCACUUGAAGAUGU